AGCGCGUGACACCACUGAUGUAAGGAGCUUGGAUCAUUCACAUGACUUGAAAAUGGCGUUUUCCUCUGCUUGUCACUGAGUAAUACUUCGUGUUUUAUCAAUGUAUUUGCAGAGGAAACUUACUGAAAGAUUGCAUCGAAAGCAUGUUUGUAUUGAUACGUGAAAGAAGAACAACAUGAAUUCAAAAUGGUUGCUCGUCGUUUAUACGGGAACACUGUUGCUGUGUGCCCACGUGUGUGUGAGUGUGGUGUUCCCCGGCCUGACCUUCACAGACCAGGUCAACUGUACAAGCCACAUUGUUCCAAACUGCACCCAGUGUCCACCUGGACAGUUUGCCAACCAAAGUGUUUGGGAGUGUAAGUGUUGCCGGGAAGGCAAUGGCAACUGCUUCGGUUCGUCCUGUAGCAAGUGUUCAGCGGGGGAGUUCCAGAAGAACCCAGGGCAGAUCAGCUGCAACAAGUGCCUUGAAGGAUUCUAUCAAAACCAGGAAGGCCACACACAGUGUGAGGCGUGUAACCCCGGGACAUUCAGCAAUGAGACGGGACUGUCAGACUGCUUCAACUGCCCUGAGGGCACUGCUAACAACCAGACAAAGAUGACAGGCUGUCCCUCGUGUACUCCAGGAUACUACCAGGGCCAGACAGGCCAGACACAGUGUCUGCCGUGUGAUGAGGGGACCUACUGUGGAUCCCCCAGCUGUACAAAUUGCAGUGAGUGUGAAGCAGGCUCCCAUGCUGACAAACCCGGCACCACUAACUGCACCCUGUGUAUGAUCGGGAUGUUCCAGAACAUGACAGGCCAGCUGGAUUGUGACGAAUGCUCGCCAGGAUCUCACUGCAAUAAAACAGGCUGCACCCAGUGUGAUGUGUGCCAGGCAGGGACAUAUGCCAAUGCUACAAGGACGACCAACUGUGUCAAGUGUCCCCAAGGAUCCUUUCAGGCCGAGACAGGAUCGUUCUCAUGCAAUCCUUGUAUCGCAGGAUUCGAAGCAAGGAACAAAGGCAGAAGCAACUGCACUGGCUGUCGACCCGGAUCCUACAAGAACGACACAGGCUUUGACCUCUGUCAGCUCUGUGCCGAAGGUAGUUUCACCAGUGUCCGCAACGCCACGGAGUGUGAGCUCUGUGAUCCAGGAACGUUCCAGGAGGUAAUAGGGGCCAAGAAGUGUGAGGACUGCCCGAAAGGCUACCACUGCAAUAUCAGCGGCUGCCAUGUGUGUUUUGAAUGCCCCAGUGGCUAUGAGGCCACGAUGGAGAGGGCUAUCAACUGUACACCUUGUCAACCUGGUUCAUUCAAACCUUUUGAGGAUGGCGACAUCUGUCGUGACUGCCCGGAUGGGUGGUACAACACCUCCAGUGGAGCAGCAAUGUGUACCGAGUGUCCAAAGGAGUACUUCUGCCCACAAAAUGACCGUUUGCCAGUCCUUUGCCCCGAAAACACCUACUGUCCCCCGGGGAGCACCUCCCCCCACAGCUGCAACCCCCCUCUCUAUGUGAUAGAUGACCAUGGUACAAGCUGUAAACCAACAGGGGAGUUGCUAGCCAUAAUAGGUGGCUGUAGUGCAGCUGGUGUUGUGGUGGUUCUCAUCGUGAGUGUGCAGUGCUACAGGCAGAAGAGACGGAUGACCCUGACACCAACAGGAGAAAGUGAACCCCUAACAAAGUCCCCCCAACCAGUGUAUCAGGGAUUGUAGCAGGACAGGGGAGAUAAUUCACCAAACCCUUCACAAACUCUGUGCAACCAUGUAGCAGGACAAGGGAGAUAAUUCUGCGUCCCCAAUAACCUCCGUGCAAGCAGUGUAUCAGGGCUUGUAGCAGGACAAGGGAGAUAAUUCUGCAAACCCCGAUAACCUCCGUGCAAGCAGUGUAUCAGGGCUUGUAGCAGGACAAGGGGAGAUAAUUCCCUGAACCUUUGACUAACUCUGUGCAACGAGUGUUAUGGUGUGUAGCAGGACAGGGGAGAUAAUUCUGCAAACCCUGAUAACCUCCGUGCAAGCAGUUUAUCAAGGCUUGUAGCAGGACAGGGGAGAUAAUUCUGCAAAUCAUGAUGACCUCCGUGCAAGCAGUGUAUCAGGGCUUGUAGCAGGACAAGGGGAGAUAAUUCUAUGACAUACUCACAGACUCUUCACAGGCUUGACAGUUUACAGACAAGUGACGAUGGCAAACUGUUGAUCAGUGAUAGGGACAGUAAUUGUCCCUUCAUAACUUGCUACUAGUUCAGCAUGACAGGAUUGAGAUUAGGGCUGGGAUGAGUCCAAAUUAACUACCUGGGAACCCGACCCCCUAUUCUCCGACCCUACCCGGAUACACGCUAUGGGUCUCAAGAGUUGGGUACAAAAUGUCUGCUUGGGAAUUGUUUAACCACAACCCUGGCAAAACAUAUUCAUAUAUAUGUAAUAAGGCGAUCUGGUCAUGUAUACACACAAGUUGACUGAAUCUUUAUCUUAACAUAUAAAAAAAGUCGAAAAGGGAAAAGCGAACAUUAGUGACUCGUAGUGUAACCAUGGAGUGUUAGUGAACUCUUGUCAUUGAGCACUAUACCACUGAGCACUAACCAUGGGUCCGAGUAGUCCUGUGGGUACCCAGGUCCUACUCAGUACCCACCCGACCCAAAUACCCAAGCUACCAAUCCCAGCCCUAGUACUAGGUAGUCCUGUGGGUACCCAGGUCCUAC